AUUUAUCUCAGUCUCUCUGUCUGCUUCUUCUUUACACUUCACAACUCUUCUUCUUCCUAACUUCCUGCUGAACUCGUCGGUUUCUGUGAUCUCUCCUCCAUAUUUUGGCCGUCCGUAAACUCGAAAGCUUGCUGUUUCUGUUUCUCAUUUGGUCCCGGGCGGAAAUUGAGGGUCUGAAUUGUUGGCAGUUUCUUCUGAAGCUCCAGAUCUCGACUUCGAGCUGCUUCGUUCGUCCUUUGAGGAUUGGUUGCAAUGUCGCUUCGGAAUCUGGUUUUGGUCCUACUGAUGAUGAUUUCCGCUCACCAGGCUAUGUCGAUUGCGUUUACAUCGAGAAUACUUCACCGGUUCUCUGAGGAGAUGAAGGCGCUUAGGGUUUCAAGGAGUACGAAUACGAGUGUACGAGUCUCGUGGCCUGAGAAAGGGAGCAUGGAGUAUUAUCAGGAGCUUGUGAGCGGUGACUUCCAGAGGCAGAAGAUGAAGCUUGGCUCUCAGUUUCAGUUGCUUUUCCCGUCUGAAGGCAGCAAAACCAUUGCACUGGGGAAUGACUUUGGCUGGUUGCAUUACGCCUGGAUCGACAUCGGGACGCCAAGUGUUUCAUUUCUGGUUGCAUUGGAUGCCGGGAGUGAUCUGCUUUGGGUUCCUUGUGAUUGCAUACAAUGUGCUCCUUUGUCUGCAAGUUACUAUGGCAGUCUGGAUAAAGAUCUCAAUGAAUACCGUCCAUCCAGUUCAAGCACGAGCAAGCAUAUAUCUUGCAGCCAUAAUUUGUGUGAUUCAGGCCAAAGCUGUCAAAGUCCGAAGCAGUCAUGUCCUUAUGUUAUUGACUACUUAACUGAAAAUACUUCAAGUUCUGGAUUACUGAUUCAGGAUGUAUUGCAUCUUUCAUCCGGUUGUGAGAAUUCAUCUAAUUGUACGAUUCAGGCUCCGGUCGUUUUAGGAUGUGGUAUGAAACAAAGUGGCGGUUAUCUAAGUGGAGUGGCUCCAGAUGGUCUUUUUGGAUUGGGGCUUGGAGAAAUUUCUGUUCUUAGUUCCCUUGCUAAAGAAGGAUUAGUACAGAACUCUUUCUCACUGUGUUUUAACGAGGAUGGAUCUGGCAGAAUCUUUUUUGGGGACGAGGGACCAGCUAGUCAACAAAUGACUUCAUUUGUGUUGUUAGACGGGAAAUAUGAAGCCUAUAUCGUCGGAGUGGAAGCAUGUUGUAUCGGGAAUUCGUGUCUCGAGCAGACAAGUUUUAAAGCAUUGAUUGAUAGUGGAACCUCGUUUACGUAUCUCCCUGAGGAAGUAUAUGAAAAUGUUGUGAUGGAGUUCGAUAAAAGGUUAAACACUACAAGCACCGUCACCUUCAAAGGUUAUCCUUGGAAGUAUUGCUAUAAGAUCAGUGCAGAUGCAAUGCCAAAGGUUCCGUCUGUGACGUUGUUGUUCCCACUAAACAAUAGCUUUGUAGUUCAUGAUCCUGUUUUUCCUAUCUAUGGCGAUCAGGGGUUAGCUGGAUUUUGUUUUGCUAUACUACCUACUGAUGGAGAUAUCGGGAUACUGGGACAAAAUUACAUGACUGGAUACAGGAUGGUAUUUGAUAGGGAAAACCUUAAGUUGAGUUGGUCACGUGCAAACUGUCAAGAUCUCAGUAACGAAAAGAAAAUGCCCCUUGCUCCUUCAAAAGAAACGCCGCCAAACCCAUUACCAGCCAACGAACAGCAGAGUGUUUCAGGGGGGCAUGCGGUGGCUCCUGCCGUAGCUGGAAGGGCUCCUUCUAAACCAUCAGCUGCCACCCCUCGCUUCAUCCCAUCCUGCUUUUAUACGGUCAGAUUGCUGCACCUGCUUCUUCUGGUACUCUACCUUGUUUCUACUUGCGUGUGAUAUAGAUUCUGAGCGUGUCUAAGUUUUACAUGUAAAUGAAGGUCGUCCCAUUAUAGCUUCCCCCCGGCAAGGACAUGUAAAUCUUCUGUGUCCUUGCAAGUUGCAUCAAUGGCAUUUUUCUUCUUUUUUUGGUAUUUUUUGGGCACUAUAUAGGCCAUUCAGUGGGGGACUGAAUCUAUACAUUCUUCUAUCUAUAUGUUUUUCUUUUCUAAUAUAUAUUACCGUAGUUGUACUGCUUAAGUUGACCUUUUAUUAUUUGUUUAUGCAAUUUAAAAAUUGCUAGUCAUGACAUGAGAUUCUCAAGAUCAAAUCUCAUAAUCUUGAGUUUUCUCAUCAGAGAAUGUUCUUGUGCAAUACUAAACAAUAUUCUCAAUGAUUGUCUACGUAAUUUAGGGCCAAGCAUAUUAUUUUUACUUUCAUGUCCUUAUAGCCUAUUUGGUUGGGAUACCUUAAACUUUCAGCUCAGCCUGUCAAACACAAUCUUCUCCGAACUUAAUAUAGUUCUCUAGUAUCUUAUCCUGGUUGAAGGAUUGAGGUCUUCUACAACCCCACCUCCACCUCAUUUUUUGAACUAACAAAACCACUAUACGACAUCGACGAACAAUUAUUCUGUCGGUGUCGGUUAGUAUAAUGUGUGGUAUAUGUCCAAAACUUUAAAGGGGGGACUGCUAUAAUGUAGCAGCAAAGUUGGAUAAAGUUGUACAUUUGAAGUGGGUGAAAAGAAUAAAAGAGAUGAAAAAUGGGAAUGAAGGGUUAAAUGUAAGGCAAUAAUUGUGUAUUGGAGAGGUGGUAGUGAAGGGAGAGUUGGGUUUUCCAUUUGGAAAAGUUGUUCCAUUGAAAAGAAUAAAUCAGAAAGAAAGUGGCCUUUGAGCAACCAAACCAAACCAAACCCCUCAAAAUAAAAGUACAACACGACAGAUUGUGUGUGAACCCACCUUUUUCUUCCUUCUUUCUAUUUCUCUGGUUAAUUUAUGCAUUAAAUUGGAACCAUUUAUUUGAAUUUAUUGAAGCUUUUUAGUCCCAAUGGAUUGAUUGCAUGAAAUAAUAUUCUUAUCUUCACAUUUAAGGUCCCACUCUUUAUAUAGGGAUGGCAGAGUUUCUUUUUUCUUUGCAAGGCCUUGUCCUGUCCCAUUUGAUGUCCUACUUUUUGGAGGAACUAUUACUCUAAAUUAAUCGCAUUAAAUUAUUUCAUUCCAAUCUCCUUUUGGUUUUUCUAUGUACCUAAAUUUGAUCCAGUUUGUGAAAUUAAUAUGAACUUUUAGAAAGGAAUAAAUUAGUUCAAUUCUAUUGCUU